AUGUCGACAUCUGUCACAGUAACGCGCUGUCAAAAAAAAAGAUCAACUUCCGCCUUUCAAACCCAUCUACGCAUCUCUUCAGGCCUUUCGUGUUCUUUUCCGGCUGUCAAUUGCAAGGAGGAGACAACCAUGGCUCCGAGAUACGAGAUGUGCGUUGGCAUGAACAAAGGCCACAAAACGACGAAGAUCAAGCAGCUGCAGUACCGCGGUGACCGCAAAGUCAAAGGAAUCCGCCCGUCCCGCCUGAAGGGUAUCCAAACCAAGCACACGAAGUUCGUGCGCGAUCUGGUGCGUGAGGUCGUUGGCCAUGCCCCGUACGAGAAGCGCGGUAUGGAAUUGCUGAAGGUGUCGAAGGAUAAGCGUGCGCUGAAGUUCCUGAAGCGACGCCUCGGCACGCACAUCCGUGCCAAGAGGAAGCGCGAGGAACUGUCCAACAUCUUGGCCCAUAUGCGCAAGGCGGCCCACAAGUAAGCCACCUUUUCCCUUCUCUACC